CUGUUUGCUGUUUAUCACACGUAUCGAACAUUUCAGGAUGCAUUCUUAGAAUUAUUAUUGUAGAUUCUUUAUCAUUACAUACUACUACUUGUUUCACGAGUCAUUCAUUCAAUGAGUCAUUUUAUUUUUAAAAAUCAAAUCGCAGAUUAGUUUUCUCGUAAUAAUAAGAAUAUGUUUAAUUAGAAUAAUCAUUUUUGGUAUUUUUAAAUAUUUUUCAUUUCUAAAGCGAAAAUUUCUUCCAAUAUACUACAUCCUGCUCGAAAAUGUGCUGUUAUAUAAACGGUCCAGUUGGUGCUCCAAGUGCUUCAACGCUUUCCUUCUUUUGAUUUAAAAGAUGAAAAAGGAUAGAAAAUGUGUUCUGAAGCAUUUGAAAACAUCAACUAGCCUAAAUAAUAGGACAACGAAGUUUCAAAAAGUAUCGAUGAAUAUUCGACUUUACUCCUUCAGAAUAUCGUGAAUAUAAUUUAUAUACGUAUAUAAAUAAUACUUAUUCAAUAAAAUAUAAUCACAAUGUAAAACACUUAACUCGUGCAUAUUUAACAUUACAUUUAAUCUGUAUCUCGCGAAUGGUUUUACAAUAUUUUGAAAACUAUCGAUAUCGUUUGGAGAGCCCGAUCUGUGAUAUCUCGCGGCCGCGGAGUGAGUUCGAGUUUGAAACGUCGCGAGCGGCGGUCGCGGCGGCAGCGGAUUCGCCGGCGAGCUCAUGUCCGAUCCGCAUCGCGACGCGUCCCUGCGAUUCGCUCGCUCGCCCACGAGAUCGUUCGCGGUAGCGUCGUAAUCGCGCAUCGUCGCGUGCACCGUUCGCCGAGACGAGAGUGACGCGCGAUGUGAGUGAGGAUCGGCGGCCUGAUUACGCCGUGUCGUGCAGAGUGCGAAAGAUUCGUGUGCACGGGAGCCGCGCACUCGCGACGGUAUCGCCGUGGGUGUGAGUGACUCGAGUUCCGCGCGCUAACGCGGCGCGACGAGGAUUUCCCGACGAAGAGGUCUGAUAACGACGCGACGUACGCACGAGCGCGCGUGUAUGCGUGGCCGUGCGUGUGGGUGCGCGCGCACAUAUAUACAUAUAUAACACACACCACGCAACAAGCGCGGUGCUCUCGGCGCAAUAAAUAUAUGUGAUCAGUGAGAGGGACGAGCCGCGAGUGCUCUCGGCUGCGGCGGUGCCGACGACGACGACGACGUCGCGCAGGACGAACGGCCCGUGCCGCGGAUCGUCCGCGAGGAGGUCGUGAGCUCGCGUUGCGAGGAAUCGCGAGAUCGUUCGAGAAACGUCGACGCGCAACGGUUGAGCCGCCCCCCCCCCCCUACCCCCUCGGGAGACUGAAGUUGUGGCGUGUCACCGCGGAUCGCGUACCUUCCGCACUCGCCAAGGUUAAAGGGAGGGAACGGGAUGGACGUCGCGAUCCGUCGCGCGGAAUGUUUCCCUAAAAUGGCGGUGAUCGGCGCGGUCUUCGGGCGAUAGAGAAGGGAAAGAUAAGAAGAAACUAGGGGGAGACGAGGACCGUCCCUUCGCGGACGCUCCGCGCUCGUUCGCGGUUUCGCUUCGGUCGUGCCGCAACACGAGCCCGAGCGAUCGAGCAGCGGCUGUUGGCCCUUCUUCGCGCACCCCCGAUCGCCGGCCCUGCGUGCUCCCUCCCGGCCCCUUCUACCAUCCCCUCCGUUCUCUGUCGAACGCCUCCCCCCCUCCCCCCCCCGCGCGCCGCUGGCCGCGCUCGCUGUCUCCCUCGCCCUCGCUAUUGCCCCGUUCUCUCACUUCGUUCUCCUCGUCGGUCUCGUUCGGCCGCGUUUCUCGCCGUCCUCGCCGCAGAGCAGAACCGCGCGUGACCGCGGCAGCGGAGUCCACCGCGAGCAGGCGGCGUUAAUGACGGGAAGCUGCGACGGGUCGGCCCACGAACGCAACAGCGGUGCGGCGUGCAGCGGCGACAGAUAGUGCAGCAAGUACACUCGGGCUCGCGGGUUCGACGCGACCGCGAUGCCCGUGCCGCAUCGCCACGCUCUCGACGUGAAGAAGCGCAUCGGACGGAACCCGAGUUUCACGGAAGGGUCUACCAGCAGCGGCAACGUUGCGUCGUCACGUAGAAAAGUUGGAGUCGCGGAAGUACGACGGCUUAUCGCCAGAUAUUAAAUUUGGGAAGGACACAUUAACACACCAAAAUGAAAAUUGAUCGCAGUAGAUUGAAAAAAUGCACUUCCGAAGUGCCCACAGAAUGUCAGGCACUUAUAAGCAAAUUACGCUCUUGCUCGCACGCAGAGCUACUGGAAGAACUGAAGCAGAUAGACGCGUGGACCUUUGGAAAAUGUGAAUUAUUUCAUUGGAUUGAUGUCUUAGAUCUCAGUGACAGUAUUUUAGAAGAGGCUGCAACAAGGAGUCCGGAUAAUCCAUGGGAAUUAGCAUGCGAUCUUCCGCAAAAUCGAGAGGCAAAAGAGCUGCUUCUCUGGGUCCUUCAUUUCACGACAUUGUUGAUUGAGCAUUCAUUCUCACGGCAUUUGUACAACAGCAUGGAACACUUGGUUACUUUGCUAUCAAGUUGUGACAUGCAUGUAGUCCUCGGUGUAUUAAAUCUUCUGUACAUGUUUAGUAAACGUAGUAAUUUUAUUACGCGUCUGAAUAGCGACAAACGACAGGCUCUACUCAGCAGACUCAAUCAUUUGGCAGAGAGUUGGGGAGGAAAGGAAAAUGGUUUUGGUCUAGCGGAUUGCUGCAAGGAAUUUCCGGAGAAGCCGUUCCCAGCUAGUGCUACUACGUUACACUUUGAAUUCUAUGCGGAAAAUCCGAGCGUAUCGGAAGCAUCAGCUACUACUAGCUCAUCACUCCCUAGUACAAAGAAAGUUGGUCAAACGAAUCUUGUAACAUAUAUACAUAUAGAAAAUAUUGAUGAGCUUGGAGAUACCCCAGCGCAGAUCAUGAAUGAUUUGUUGAAAGUCUAUAACGUACCCCAGGAACGACAGAUGGCCCUAUUAACACACAUAAGACUGGCGCAUAGUUUUUCGGAUUAUCGAAGACGAUUGCAGUGCGUGCAAGCACGGCUUCAAGCAUUGUCGGUACUAGUAUACAGCAAUGCUCUGCAGGAAAACGCGCACAGUCUCCUCCAUGCCGGACUUCUCGAAGAGUUAGUAGAAUUAUUGGAACUUCCACACAGUCAUCUCGUUGAAAUUCGCGCUGCUGCGCUACGUACUCUGACGAGUAUCAUACACCUGGAUCGUAAUCCGCAUUUCCCUAAAAAACCUGGUUCACGGUUGAAUAUGAUCAUUGACGUCACUGGAGCCAGUUCGUAUCACGGAUUUCUCCCAAUUUUGGUUCGCACUUGCAUUACAACACUGACCUCGCCACAACCGGAUGGUCAACCGUUCCCUUUGCCGCUGGCAACAGCUCUGUUCAGCUUUCUCUACCACCUUGCAAGUUACGAGGCAGGUGGAGAAGCCCUCGUGAGUUGUGGCAUGAUGGAGAGCCUGUUAAAAGUCAUCAAUUGGCCAGGAAGUGAAUUAGAACACAUAACGUUUGUAACGAGGGCAGUGCGUGUCAUAGAUUUGAUAACGAACAUAGAUAUGCAAGGCUUCCAAACGCACGGUGGACUAGCGAGCUUCAUCAACCGUUUGGACAUGGAAGUUAACGUAUGCAGAAAAGAGCAGCCGUUCGAGAUAGAACCGAUGCUCUAUCAGGACACGCCGCAGACCUCGCGAGAGAGAUCCGUGGACAGGGAGGAGGAAUCCUCGACGUCGCGACGUGGACACGAAACCUUUGACGAACGCGAAGAAUCGUCCAAUCCAAUGGAGAUCUCCGAGGACGAGAACAUGAGCCUGAAGACAGACGAGAAGAGCGAACAACAACCGGACUACUCCGCCGCGAAAACCGGCAAGACCUGCUUACCGCAGCGAGCGGCUCUCCUCAAGUCCAUGUUGAAUUUCCUGAAGAAGGCAAUUCAGGAUCCCGCAUUUUCUGAUAGUAUACGACACGUUAUGGAGGGUACAUUACCAUCGUCCCUCAAGCAUAUUAUCAGCAACUCUGAAUACUACGGACCGUCGUUAUUCCUACUCGCUACGGACGUUGUGACCGUCUAUGUUUUUCAAGAGCCUUCACUACUAUCGUCGUUGCAAGAUAAUGGCUUGACCGAUGUUGUACUUCACGCAUUACUCAUAAAAGAAGUUCCUGCCACUCGAGAAGUGUUGGGCUCGUUACCCAAUGUGUUCAGUGCACUGUGUUUGAAUCAACGCGGUCUUGAAUCUUUCGUGAAGAGGCGGCCGUUUGAGCGUUUAUUCAAAGUACUUCUGUCACCUGUCUACCUGUCUGCAAUGAGACGACGACGAAGUGCCGAUCCGCUAGGCGAUACAGCGUCAAAUCUGGGUAAUGCUAUGGAUGAGCUCAUGAGACACCAACCGAGCUUAAAGGUUGAUGCGAUUGCCGCUAUCAUCAAGUUGCUAGAAGAAUUAUGCGUACUGGGUUGUGAUCCACGCUAUAUAUGUUGGCGCGCCGCCAGUAAAUCGGACAAUUCGCCGUCGAACACCGCUUCUGGAAACCGUCAAUCGUCCGGCCAGUCGGUCGGCGUCGGUGUAGGUGAAUCCGGUGGCGGCGGAGGUGGAGGUGGCGGAAGUAGCAGCGACGAGGAAGAAGAAGAUGAGGAAGAAGCGAGUACGAGUUCUCAUCCGCAGCGAGAGGAACAACCCACGUUAUCACCCGCACAACCUGGACCACCGCCUCAACCUAGAGAGAAAACUCCUAUCGCUCUGGUUGAAUAUAUUCAUAACGUCAUGAAAUUUGUGGACGCUAUUCUCAGCAAUAAUUCCACGGACGACCACUGCAGGGAAUUCGUUGCUCAGAAAGGAUUGGUUCCACUUCUUUCAAUAUUAGGUCUGCCAAAUUUGCCCGUUGACUAUCCAGUCGCGCAAGCGGCCCAAUCCGUAGCAUCGGUUUGCAAAAGUAUCCUGAAUCUCGCACACGAACCAUUGGUACUUAAAACGGGUUUAUCGCAGUUGAACGAAGUUCUGAAUCUACUGAAGCCACUUCACAGUCACAUGGAGUCUCCUGGCGGCUCAGUCCUGUUGCACGAGCUCGCGUCAGCUCCAAAUCUCGAGACAGCAUUUACCAGUGACACGGCGACGCCGCUGUUGCACGCGAUGAAUGCCGCUCACGGAUACGUAGUGAUGUUCGUACAUGUAUGUCGAACGAGCCAAAGUGAAAUUCGUAACCUCUCGAUGAAUCACUGGGGUUCCGAACUGGGUUUAACUGUACUAAAGGGCUUAUCCGAACUGUACAUGUCCCUGGUUUGGGAGAGUACGUUGCUGCUCGCGUUGUGCAGCGAGGACAUCAUUCCGGCCGGAUGCGAGUUCGGCAAAGAAGACAUGGACAAGCUGAUGCCACCUGAAUCCUCCUCGUCUUCUUGGUCCGCCGCCGUGUCGUCGGACAUGGGCAGCAACGGCAUGACGACAGCCAUGGAAGCCCUCAGUACAGAUCCACCACCAGUUCCUAUGGAAGUGGACGAUAAGCCGAAUGUAGGUACUGGCAGGUCUUCACCGAACAGCUACCAACUGAAAUACAUUAAACCAUUGCUCGGUGCGUCUUCGAGACUUGGCAGAGCACUUGCGGAGCUAUUCGGUCUACUAGUUAAACUGUGUAUGGGUUCUCCAGUGAGGCAACGGAGAGGUCAGCAGAUGCCUCUGACACCAACCUUGCCGUCACAGGCGGCGAGGAGCGUCGCCACGGCCUUAAAUUGCCUGUUGACGCGUGGCUUGUCGUGGGACAAGUUACCGCCGUCUCCCAUUCCCAAGUUUAAGUUGACCUUCCUCAUAUGUUCGGUGGGAUUCACCUCGCCGAUGUUAUUUGACGAGAAAAGACAUCCCUAUCACCUGAUGCUACAAAAAUUUGUCAAACUGAACGGUCAGAAUGCAUUUUUCUCCACGUUUCACUGGGCCCUGUCUGGGGGAGGUCAAUUUCUGUUGACUGAAGGCUUGGAACAUCCAAAUCUGCCCGACGGAACUGGCGAAUUUCUGGAUGCUUGGCUGAUGUUGCUGGAAAAGAUGGUCAACCCCAAGGCCAUCUUAGAUUCGCCUCAUGUAGUUUCGUCCAAGUGUACAGGAAUGUACAAAGUGGGCGAGACGUUCGAUCCGAUAAAAUAUCUCACCGACAUCCACAAGAAAGCUUUCGAGUCUGUUAUGUUGAUGUGGGGUAAAAAACCGCUGAAGAAUUACGGAGCUCGAAUGACCGAGUCGAUUCUAUCGAUCUUACGACACAUUCUACGCGGCGAGAAGAUCAUCAAAGAACGCACGGAAAAGGAAGAAAGCAGCGAUGGCGCGACAGCUAGUGGUAGUGGCGCGAGCGGCGUCGGUAGGAGUGCUGGAUCGGAUCGUAGGGACGAGCCGGAAACGGACGUAAACCCGGAAUAUUUGAGACAACUGAUGGACAUGGGCUUCAGCCGUGCGCAUUGCAUCGAGGCGUUACUGCAUACACUGACCGUCGAACAAGCGACCGAUUACCUUCUGACUAAUCCUGCGACUCAUCGCAGACCCGACGCGCCCGUGAGCGACGCUGGUGCUCAAGGUCUGAUCAUGGAUUUGGAAUUGGCGGAUGACGAUCAAAUAAUGCACGCGAUCGCGAUGUCGCUCGGCGACACCGAGGCACGCAAGAUUUCGGGCGGUGAGGAGAGCUUAACGCGCGAAACCACCAUCACCGAGAGCAUAGAUGAGUUUACGCAGACUGCGUUGGGACAGUGUUUAAAUCUGCUGGACCUCAUGCCGGACACGGUGUACAGAAUAUGCGAUUUAUUAGUGACGAUUACAAAACGCAACGGCGACGAGUGGCGGGAUGGUAUGCUGCGGCAAUUGAUACGCGAAAUCGGUAACGUCGUGGAUUAUCUGAUCGGCAUCGCCGAGAGCCAAGACGAGAACGCCGGCUCGCGCCUGGUGGAGUGCGAGGAGGCGAAUAAGGUCGCCGGUCGCAUUUACCUGUACACGCUCUUUUUCGAGGGCACGUUCCAGGAGAUGCGAGUGCCGUGUGCACAGAUCGUGGAGGAAUGCGCGAUAUUGGACAAACUCGUGCGUCUGCUGGUAGUGAGUGAAGGCCCGCUCACCGCAAAUAAGAACAGGAUCGCAAAAGACAGCAAAGAUGGUAGCGUAACGACCGUUAAGACGCCCAAGUGGUUGGCGCCGUUAUUAUUACUGAUCGAUCGUUUAGAGAAGGUGGCCACAUUAACGAAACGAAAACAGCUGAUGCACAAGGUCACGACUAGAACAUGGAAAUGGUUUGACUUGAGUACUGGCAAGUGGACCUUGUACUCUCCUAUGAACAACAGGAUCAUUAACGACGCGUACUGGGCCGGCGAGUCCAGUGUACGAAUAUCGUGCAGCCGACGUCGUUACCUGAUCACCUUUUCCUGUAUGACGCAAGUGAACGAGGAUAGUGAUAACAGGCGACCUAUCACAAUGGGCUUCAAGCUGAACACGGACAAGGAGGAUGGCGGCUCGGGCUCGGACUCGAACAUGGACACCGACGAGAGCCCGAUAGAGGAGAAACGAAACACAGUAGUGCAAGGACUCGAUCCUAGCAUAGCACCGAGCAUUGUACGCGCGUGUGUAAAGCUGCUGACGAUUCCAGUCGAUCGAGAUACAUUGCACGCUCUGAUGAGGGUGUGCUUGAGGUUGACGAGAGACUACAAGAACGCGGAAGUAUUCGCGCGCGAGGGUGGCGUUAAGCUGCUUCUCGAGAUGACGCAAAUGAGCAGCUUUACUGGUUCCAUAAAUUUGUGCACCUUAUUGAUACGGCACACCCUUGAAGAGCCGCGUACGCUCCGCCUCGCGAUGGAGAAGGUUAUUCGUGCGCGCACGCAAAGCAAUAUACCUCCCGCGUACAAGGAGAUACUGUUCAUGACGCGGCAGAUUAGCAGUGCCGUUUGUCGGAAUCCAGAAGUGUACAGGGAAGUGUGCGACAAUAUCCUUCGCGUCGAUAUAACAUGCCUGAAAAAGGAUGACGUUGACAACAGGCUAGUCGUGAAAGCUUUGCCCCCUAGUCACUCGCCAGCCUUACCGAUGGUGGAGGAAGUGUCAGUUGGUGUCAUCCGUGACCUGUUGAACGCGUUGAUCAAGCCGAUACCGGUGUCGUCGGAUGACGGAUCGACUACUCCUACAAGUCCGGAGAAGAAGACGUCGCAUUCGACGAGCUCGACGACGGGUAACGCCGCCUCAUCAUCAUCGACAUCGUCUUCACGGCGAGGAGACAUGCUGAGAAACAAUGCAACGACUACCAACGAUCCCUUGGAUGACGACGAUCAAGUCUCGCAAAUUAUUCCACUUAAGAUUUACACGGACCUUGGCAGUAAUAGCAAGGUUGAACCGGAGGAGGCGAAAAAACCUGUCCUAACCAAGUCCGCGAUACUCAAGAUACUGGCGGAAGCGGUGAGGUCUUACGGCGCUGUCGCUAGUCUUAUUACCGAACAUACGUACAGAGCGGGACAAAGCGAAAUGGUAAGCGAGGAUACGACGGCGUUAGCAUUUUUACUAGAUAAACUGCUGCCAAUGUCACCGGAUAACUCCGGAGAUAGGACGUGCAGCAGCAUGGCAAGAAUGCUGAUCGCGGCAAUCGCCUCGUGUAAUCAUUCGCCCGACGUGCAAACAACCUUGGUAACCGAGGUUAAAGCAGCUUUGACGAGAACGCUCGCGCUCCCGGAGAGUUCCGAGAAGCACGCGCAGCUUCAAUUGCUGAUCGGUCUGAUCUCCACCAUGAUCGAUAGUUGCCCACCCAACAUGUCACAGAGCCAGCUGAGGGCCUCUCUGAGGGCCCAUCAGUACAACAAUGUCAAUUACAUCGUCCGAAUAAUGCUGAGAAAGGGCAUAAUCACCGAUCUAGCUAAGAUACCGCACAGCCUCGACCUCUCGAGCCCGAACAUGGCUGGCACUAUUAACGCCGCCUUGAAGCCACUGGAGACCCUGUCGCGCAUAAUCAAUCAACCGAUGCCGGGAGCGGUGAACAACAAGUUUACGAAGCCGAAAAAUAGGACGGUCCAAGAAGAACCGAUCGGCGAACAAACUGGUACCACGACCUCGGAGGCCACGCACGCAGUAGGCGAGGAGGCCAACGAGGAUGCGGAGAAUACCGAGCAUGACAUCUCGGUGACGGCGGAGAGCCUGGAACCAACUUCCGAGAGCCAAGUACACGAAGAAGGCGACGAAGCCGCUCUGGAGGACAUAAUGGAUCAGCUUCUCGAAAGUGUACUGUUUUCCAGGGACGGCUCGGCCGUGGCAGAAGAACCGUCUUCUCGCCCACACAGGCCGAUGGACAUUGACGAUGAAAGUCUCGCGAUGCGCGACGCGGAGGGCGAUUUCGAUCCGACUCGAGAUACCACAGUAAGAGAGGAUUUAAUGAGCUCCGAUUCGGACUCGGAUAGCAAUCCAUCCGACGAUAACGAGGAUGAGGUGCAGGAUGAUGAGGACGAGGAGGAAGAAGAGGAGGACGAUGGUGAAGAGAACGAGGAGGAGGAGGAGGAAGAGGAGGAGGGCUCGUCCAAUUACGAGGAGGAUGGAAUAGAAUUUUAUGAGGAUACCGGGGAAGGCGGCGUUUUCCGCAUGUUCCCGACCUCCGAGCGUGAUGGCGGCAAUGUCGUAAUGAUACAGCACAACAUCGAAAAUCAAGAUAUCGCGAACACAUCGACGCCCGUCAAUACGCGACCUAGUCUUCCAUGGAAUACUACAUUCCCGUUACCGUUGGGCCUAUUCGAGGAACCACCCGCAGGCUCUGAGAACAAUGGUAUCAGCACUCACCCGCUCUUGAUAUCGCAAGGAAGCUUGGACGCCGCGAGCACCAGGACGCAGCGUGCGUUGCGGCAAAGGCGGUAUCAAUACUUGCAAUUGUCCAAUCCACGCAGUCCGAAUCCACCUGUGAUAUUACAGAGACUUCUAGGCCCGGCUGCACAGACUCUCCCCUUGUCUGCUAGUCAAGUUUUGGCGUCGAGUUUCCGAGACACGCGCGUUGUCGUGAUGGAUAACGGAUUAGGAAUAUUCACCAAUCAAGAAGAGGAACAAAUCGAUUACGUCGAUCAAUCUGGAUAUCUAUUUGGACCUAGUCUCGCUGCGACCUUGAACAAUAUACCAACUGCGUUGCACUGGUGGAUCGAAGAGAGCAAGCAGUUGGAUGGUGAUUCUCAGCCAGAUUGUUGCGUUGGUGUUGUUCACAAGCUGAUACCUGGCUUGGAGAAGCACAGAAACGCCGAACUAGCCGAGCGCAAGGAGAAACGGAAGAAGCAGCACGGACCUGAGAAGGAAAGUGAGAAGGAUAACAAGGAGGAGAAGGAGCGUUCGAAUAAUGCGGAACCUAUGUUAUCCGCUUUGACACACCUGGACGAGCACAGAUCCGCGUCUACGUCCCAGAGAACCGAUUGUAGCACUCCGGUUAUAAGCGAUAGUCCGUCUGAAGAAACCGCAGUGGAGACCACGAGGCAGGAGCGCACGCCGGACGAAGAUAUAAUUGAUGUAACAGGUGAGAUGGAAGUGACGGUUCAAGAGGACGAGGAGCGGCCCCCACCGCCGCCGCCUGAGGAACAAUCGGCUUCCGAUAGAGAUCCUCGUACGGCGAAUCGAAACCCCACGUUGGAGUUGGCGGAGAGCAUCGUUGAUUCCGUACUAGGACCGUGCACGUCUGAAACAACUAUUAGACUAAGACCCAGUGCGGAAGUGACGAACCUCGCCGAAUCGUCGGCUAAUCGCACACCAUCUACACCGAUAGUGGUUGAUUUCGGUCAGGAAACUAGUGAGGAUCUGUCCAGAGAGAGCAGCGACUCGGCCGAUUGGAUACGCAGACUCUUGACUGACGACGGCCAUCCGACGGCGUGUCGAACGAGCGACAUCGAUCUACGACGCGUCGAGCGAAAUGCCAACGUUGUUAGCCAGGAUCCGACGUCUUCAACGUCCGAGAUCACUACUGCGAGCACCUCGGAACAAUCGUCACAGCAAUCGUCGCAACAGCAGCAGCAGCAAUCGCAACAGCAAUCCAGUGGCCAACAAGAGCAGCAGCUACCUGAUGGCGUGGAUCCGUCGUUCCUAGCCGCUUUACCUGAGGAUAUGCGUGAUGAAGUCAUCGCUGAACAGCUUAGGCUGCAACGUAUGAGGCAACGCGCACAGGCUUCUGUGGUUGAAGAGCUGAGCGGACCAGUCGAAGUAAAUCCUGAAUUCCUGGCCGCUCUGCCACCGGCAAUACAGGAAGAAGUAUUAGCACAACAGCGUAUGGAACAGCAACGGCACGCAGCUGCUUCAGCCAACCCGGAGGACCCCGUAGACGCGGCUGCAUUCUUCCAAAACCUGCAACCAUCUCUACGACAAGCUAUUUUAACAGACAUGGAGGAAUCCCAGAUAUCCGUCCUCCCACCAGAUUUGGCUCAAGAGGCUCAAAAUCUGAGGAGAGAAUGGGAAGCACGCAAUCGACAUAUGAUGCAAGAAAGAUUUCUGAAUCAUGUUAGUCAGAGUAACACAGCUCUCUCUAGCAUAUUGAGAAAUUCUGGUAGAGGACAUUUAUCCGUAGCUCGUGGCGGCGGCACUAGAUACGCUAUUCACGCAGUGCCUCAAAGGUCUCAAUGGAGCGCAUGGAACACCCGAGGUGACACGAACAUGGCUCACCAAGGCGCCGGUUUAAGAUUGAGAGGCCGGCAAUUGCUUGAUCAUGAAUCGAUGGCGUGCUUGCUGGUAUUGCUGUUUGUCGAUGAACCGAAAAUCAACACGCUCCGACUUCACAGAGUAAUCAGGAACCUCUGUUACCACGGUAGCACGCGAGAAUGGAUAGUGAAAGCGCUACUAAGUAUCAUGGAGAGAAGUAAUGACGAGAACAAGGAUAUCAUGAUAGAUUUUGGUGGGAAAGUUAAGAGGAAGGGAUUAUUGAAUCCUCCCAUGGAUUUAUAUUCUCCAAAGAUAUUUGACCAAAGAAACAAUACGCAGUCCUGGCUAAAUAUCAGUAUCGAUGCCGCACUCGGCUGCAGAGCUAAUGUAUUCCACAUUAUACGCCACGCUGGCAAGAAAUCUGAGAGACAGGGUAGUAUCAUCGCUAUCCAUCCGCAAGCGGCCCCCUCUGUUUGCAGGCAUACCUUAGAAUUGCUGAUAUCUUUAGCCAAGAGUUUUCCUGGAUACUUUGUGCCAAUUAAAUCUAAGGAGUUGGACGACAAGGACACUGGCAAGGAGAAGGACGGCAACAAAGAGGAAAGUGGUGCGAAAAACAAGUCCGCUUCCAAGAUCGGGAGGAGCGAUCUCCCGGAUUUCUGGGAUCUGCUCCUGAAGUUGGACUCGUGCGCGUCCAAGAAAGGCAAGUCGGUCGCACGGACUCACUCGAAUACAAAUCUGGGAAGCGAACCGGAACAUGGUACAACGACGUUUGAGGCUUCCGCGUUUGGCCAACUCAUCUCGAUGCUCAAUUGGUCCGUAAUCAAGCGCAGCAGCCAGCUGACGGAUAAGCUGCUGCGGCUUCUGUCUUUGAUCUCCAUCAGUUUGACGGAGGUGAAUCCAUAUCGACGACAAGAAGGCAACGCAAAGAACAAGAAAACUGAGCUUAACAAGGAUCAGAGUGUUGCCGCACCAGAAGGACACCUCAAGCUUGCCGUACAAGUGCUGACUAGCAAAAGCUGUUCUGAGGAGGGGCUUGAAGACGCGACAGCGUUACUUCUCAAUCUCUCUCAUUGUCCAGACCCUACCAGACAAUUGAUACUAAAAUUGUUAUUGGAGGGAGCGAUGGAACUUGCGAAUAUGGUGUGCGAACAUAUCAACGAUUUAAUGAUGGAACUGAAAGUUUUGAAUCGUGAACUAAGUCGAAGGAAUUCCUUAGAAGAUCAACCAUCGACCAGUGGCGGGAAUGGGCGAGGAAUUCUGUUAGACAGGUUUACUAAUGAAAAUGUGGUGGUGACGGCACCGAGCAAAGUUAAAGCCGGAAGUGAUCUUCAAUUACCAUCUAUGGCUGCUCUCGUCAGUAAAACCUCUAGUCAAGCUUUCUUCUUGAGAAUACUUAAAGUUAUCGUACAGAUAAGGGAAGCUGUACGCCUAGCAAACACGAAGAAAACAGCUAAUCAAACAACAGAAGCAGCCAUGGAUACAGGCACAACGAGUAAUGCAUCGGAAACAGCCGCCGAGAAUGCGGAGGCCGACAUUCCUAUGGACGCAACGCAAGCGAAUGCUUCGAAUCUUGAUAAUUUAAAGACUUCUCGCAACGACGAAGAAAAGGCUACGCUUCCACUGCUGAGUGAGAGUUUAGUAUUAGAUAACUUAUGGGAGACUCUUAGUGCUUGCUUGCUCGAACUAGAAUAUACUCCUGAUCAUCAUGCCGUCCUUGUUCUGCAACCUGCGGUAGAAGCGUUCUUCUUGGUUCAUUCCUCGUCGAGUACGUCUCGAGACCGUGACAGUCGUCUCAACGCGACUAGCGAGAAUCGAGAAGUCGUACCCGACUUGGCGCCGGUGUCCCCGAUAUACUCGGACAACGACGGUACUUCCCAAUCGGAAGCUCCCGCUAACGCUUCCUGGGAUAUCACUCCCACACCGCAGAGAACAUUACCACCGGAUCAAUUAAAGUUCCUCAAGUUUGCUGAAACACAUAGGACUGUACUCAAUCAAAUCCUGCGGCAAACAACCACGCACUUGGCGGACGGGCCGUUUUCCGUAUUGGUGGAUCAUACGAGAGUGUUGGACUUCGACGUGAAGAGGCGUUACUUUAGAACGGAACUAGAACGAAUGGACGAAGGUAUACGUAGGGAGGAAUUGGCUGUACAUGUUCGUAGGAGUCACGUUUUCGAGGACUCGUUCAGGGAGCUCCACCGACGAAAUGCCGACGAAUGGAAAAAUCGUUUUUACAUAGUCUUUGAAGGCGAAGAAGGACAGGAUGCAGGUGGUUUAUUGAGAGAAUGGUACGUGAUCAUCUCAAGGGAGAUCUUCAAUCCCAUGUACGCCCUGUUCACAGUCAGCCCCGGCGAUCGAGUUACGUACAUGAUAAACUCGUCUUCGCAUUGUAAUCCCAAUCAUUUGUGUUACUAUAAAUUCGUAGGUCGAGUAAUUGCUAAGGCUAUUUACGAUAACAAAUUGUUAGAAUGCUACUUCACACGUAGUUUUUACAAGCAUAUACUCGGCAUACUUGUCAAGCAUACAGAUAUGGAGAGUGAAGAUUAUAGUUUUUACAAGGGACUUGUCUACCUAACGGAGCAUAACAUUUCCGAUUUGGGAUACGAGCUAACAUUCUCCACGGAGGUAAACGAAUUCGGUGUCAACGACGUGCGAGAUUUAAUACCAAAUGGACGUAACAUAGUCGUUACAGAAGAGACCAAACUCGAAUAUAUUAGGCUCGUGUGUCAAAUGAAGAUGACUGGAGCAAUUCGUAAACAAUUAAAUGCGUUCUUGGAAGGCUUUUAUGAUAUUAUACCUAAACGACUGAUCUCUAUAUUUAACGAACAAGAACUUGAAUUAUUGAUCAGCGGCUUGCCUAAUGUAGAUAUCGAAGAUCUUAAAGCAAACACCGAGUAUCAUAAAUAUACUGCUACGUCUUUACAGAUUCAAUGGUUCUGGCGCGCGUUGCGAGGUUUCGAUCAGGCGGAUCGCGCGAAAUUCUUGCAGUUUGUUACCGGCACGUCCAAAGUGCCGUUACAAGGUUUCGCUGCAUUAGAAGGAAUGAAUGGUGUGCAGAAGUUCCAAAUUCAUAGAGAAGAUAGGUCAACAGACAGGCUUCCUUCUGCCCAUACUUGCUUCAAUCAACUGGAUUUGCCAGUAUACGAGACAUACGAUAAACUGCGUACAAAUCUACUCAAGGCGAUUCACGAGUGCAGCGAAGGAUUCGGAUUUGCAUAAGCUUCCUGAGAUGCUGUUGUCGUAUAUUAUAGCAGUUUAUCGUACAUAUGUUGUCCUGCCUGUUCAAAGUAAACGUUACGCGCAGUAACGUCUGUGCAACUGUAAAAUGUGAUGUUAAGCAAGUGUAAUUUCUUUUCCCCUUCCCCUCGAGGUCUAACUAAAAGUUUACAGUCGAGCAGACGUUACUUCAUAAGACACAUCGAACGGGACAAUAUUGGCGAAAAUACACGUACAGGCACCGUUAUGAUUAGUUAUCGAGCUCCUUAUAAAAUUGUUAGGGAAUUAUUAAUUAGGAAUCGCAGAAUAAAGUAAAUGUUGUAUUUCUUAUAAAAAAAGCAAUUGUGUUCUUUUGUUAUUGCACAGUCCUUAAUUACUAACUUUUGAUUUUCCUGAGUAGACGAAAUAUCGAUAACGCUGCGUAAUAUUACAAUUUUUAGUCUCUCCCUUUAAAGAUAGUUCUAUUUUAUGUAUUACUGAAUAAAUUAUUGUUCGAUCA